CUCCUUUUUGACUUCUCGUUAAUUGGUCUUCCGAUCGUCAUGGAUUUUGAAAAUGGAUCAUGUCCAAGCUCAGCACAAAACCCUAGUUCUCCUACGUCGCAAAUUGCAUCUCGCAAAAAGAAAGCGGGGAGAAAGAAGUUUCAGGAGACUCGACACCCGCUGUUUCGUGGUGUCCGGAGACGCAACGGCGACCGCUGGGUUUGUGAAGUCCGGGAACCGAACAAGAAGUCCAGGAUUUGGCUGGGCACUUACCGUGAUCCAGAAAUGGCGGCUAGGGCACAUGACGUGGCUGCCCUAGCUCUCCGAGGCAGCUCGGCGACACUGAAUUUCCCCAAUCUGGCUCAGCUUCUUCCGGCUGCCACCUCAUCCUCGGCCCAAGACAUCAGAACGGCUGCGGCUGAAGCCGCCCACGCUUUCAAACCAACCGCCUCUUCUUCCUUAAGGUCGUCCCCCUCCCCAAACGCAUUCCCAGCAGAGGAUGAAGAAAAGAGCAAUGACAAGUUGUUCUUCGAUGAGGAGGCAUUGUAUAAUAUGCCGAGUCUGUUAGAUCAUAUGGCUGAGGGUUUGCUUCUCAGCCCUCCCUCUAUGUGCAGCAAGGCCUUGGGUUUAGCUUUGGACGAUGACUUUACUUUACCGCUUACAGACACAACAGCUGGCGUUCCAAAAUCAUCCUGCUACGCCAUUGAUCAUCAUCAGCGUGAUCAGCAACUAGGUGGAAACCACUUGGCAUUAACUUUUCCUGGAGAAGAAGAAGAAUCCAGCAGUCUAAUUAGUUCUGUGUUUCGUGAUUAUUACCCUCGUCAAAACAUGGCUCUUCAUUCUCCUCCUACACACGGCAUUGAGCAGGACCAAACCCUCAGGCCACCCUAUGAUGACGACCCUCCGGCUUCAGCAUCCAUUGACCAUGAACGCAGGGACAACGGUGGGGAGGUAGGGCAAAGAGAGACUUGGCAGAGCGAGCUAAGUCUGAAGUGGCUCCUUCAUCCGUCAACGACCCACCGUUGCCUACCCAUGAUGUCUCUCUCUCUUCCCCUCCCGCUCUCUCAGGCCUCCACUACAAGCUUCCAGAAAUGA